CAGGCGUGGGGCGGAGGGGAGGGGCUGGCUUAAAAGUCUCUGCUUCCCCCUCUGUAGGGGCGGCCUGAGAGUUCCCUCGCGACCAGAGAGGGUCGAGCAAGAAAGUUCGCGGAUCUCCUGCCAGGGUCUGCUCCUCAUCGAGGCAAUGGCUUCUAAACUCCUGCGAGCAGUCAUCCUCGGGCCGCCCGGCUCGGGGAAAGGCACCGUGUGCCAGAUGAUUGCCCAGAACUUUGGCCUGCAGCACCUCUCCAGCGGCCACUUCUUGCGGGAGAACAUCAAGACUAACACCGAAGUUGGUGGUAUGGCCAAGAAAUACCUAGAGAGAGGCCUUUUGGUCCCAGAUCAUGUUAUUACACGCCUGAUGCUCUCGGAGCUGGAGAGCAGGAGUGACCAGCACUGGCUUCUGAGCGGCUUUCCGAGGACACUAGCACAGGCUGAAGCUUUAGACAAAAUUUGUGACCUGGAUCUAGUGAUCACUUUGAACAUUCCGUUUGAGACAUUGAAAGAUCGGCUCAGCCGUCGUUGGAUUCACCCUCCCAGCGGAAGAGUGUAUAACAUGGACUUCAACCCGCCUCACGUGCAUGUAAGAACACACGUGUGCUUUCAUAGCCUGACUAGCUUGUGGUAG